AUGGCUGCGUUGGUCAAAGCUAUUAAUGCGAAGAUUCGUAGUAACCCUGCGGUUAGCUAUGUUUGUUCUACUCAUUUCUGGGGUCCAGUCUCCAACUUCGGUAUUCCCAUCGCCGCAGUAAUGGACACGCAAAAGAGUCCUGAUUUGAUUUCGGGCAAAAUGACUUUGGCACUUUGCAUUUACUCAGCAACCUUCAUGCGCUACUCCCUCGCUGUCACACCACUUAAUCCUCUUCUCUUUCUCUGCCACUUCGUAAAUGAAGGCGCACAACUCACACAGGGAUACAGAUGGAUGCAAUACCAUCGAUGGGGAGGUAAAGAGGCCGAAGCCAAGGCAAAGAUUGGAACUGGAGUAGAGGGUGUUAAGGAGAGUGUCGUGGAGGUUGUGAAGAAGGCUGAGGCAAAGGUUGAGAAGGCCGUUGGAAAAUAA